AGUCUCGACGUCGUCGGGGUUCCUGUGGGGUCGGCAGUCGCCUUCGCCGCGAGGCACCCGCACCAGGUGAACCACGAGAAACUUUAUCAAGGAUGCCGAGAAACAAUUGUGCGAAUUUUCAACAUUUUUUAACGAUACGCAGCCAGCCUCGUAGUCAGAGUUCUGGUUUCUAUCGCAGUUAUGAAAGACCCCGAAGAAUAUCCCGGGACGACGUACAUCCCGGAAGUGGAAGAAGCCGCACGAAGAGCCCAAGAACGUCGUCUCGUAGAAGAGGGCAGCGCAUUGUGGGCUCGUCGAAAAAAGGAGCUUUUACGUCAUAAACAUCGCGAACAGCUGCAGUUGCGGGAUAUGCUGGCUCAGUAUUAUCCUUGGGGAAAACCGGGCGGUGGUGCUCCCUGCGCUGCAACCCUCAGGAAGAAAAAUGUCAGAUUGUAUUCCCCAGAGCCGAUGCAAAGGACUUACACUUCUACGAAGGAACCGAAUACCAAGACGAAACUAGAAGACGACGUAAAAUGCGAUCAGAAAGCGGCUCGAUGUUACCGUUACCCUCAAAAUCAACCCCUGGGCGGUUCAAUCCAGGAAAAAAAUGCGCCGACUUCCAGGAUCAGUGAAAAGCAACUGCAAAAGCAACGCUAUCACAAACACCCCGAACAUCGACGUGAAACAGUGCAAGAGGAAAUGACGGGAAAUCGUAGCCACGAUAAAAAAUUGCCGGCGGAAGCUUCGCCCUGGGGUCGUCCAGGUCCUGGCGGUGCCCCUUGGAGGGAUCCGAAAUUGCUGGGAGUUGGGUUUCUCCGCUCUAUGGGUUGGACGGACAGAUCACCGCGAAUUGAUCGGAGUUGCAUCGAUCCGUUGGCCCUUACCGACAUGAAUAAAUUCUACGACCAUAGAGCGAAUUCUGGUAUCACUCCCGACCCUCAUCCGGGACCGAUUCCGAUAUCAGAGCCUAAAAACAGGUACAACGAGGAUGUACAAGUUUAUAAAUUGACGGGUGGAGUUGAAUUAGUGCCGCUUCUCACGAACAAUAAGUACCAAUCGGAACCCCAUGCCAUUCGUUAUUUGGCAACGGAUGCGACCAGGCCCGGAUACACUCUGGAAUCUCUAAAGGCCUUAAAAUCACUGAGCAUCGGCAAUCGGGAAUACGUUUCUCAAUUGGCGCAGCAAAUCGACAGAAAACGCGAACGGAUUGUGGAGGAACAACGACGUGAGCGGGAAAACUGUCGCCGUCAUUAUGAUACAUGGAGAAGAUUAUGGGGUCGUCCAGGUCACGGAGCACCGAUAGAUCAUUCGCAGCGUACAAAUCUCCACAAUAUUCUCUAUCGGCCAACGAUCUAUUAAAAUUCCAAGUGAGCUUCGCAAACGAAUAUCACAAUAUCGGCGUCAUCGUAUUAUAGUGCGGAUCGAUGAUAUGCCAGGUUCAGGUUUUCCUUUUCUAUACGACCGUAUUUAAUUUUAUUCGUUUUUCAAAUGCAAGCUCCGAUGACUGGGCCAAUGCAGCAGGAGUAGAUAUCACUGGAUAAUAUAUAUAAUUAUACGUACACCUAUUAUACACCAUUCAACUUAAUUUCCCUCCAGGCGCUCCGCAGAGUGUUCCACUGGCAGCUGAUUUUAAUUAAAUAACCGCGGAUCAACGAACCGGGUUUCAAUAGUCGGCGACGACACGGGACCGCGUUGCACCUAAUGCGAUUAUCCAUCAUCCGUAUGAAAAAUAUGCAAGAAAAGAAACGGGGAAAUAGAAAAACGGAAUAAAAGAAAGAAA